AUGCGCUGCCUGAUGGCCGAGGCGGGCGGGCGCCACGCUCUGCUGCCCCAGGUGGUGGAGGGGACGGUUUUUGGAGGCGGAGACCCUGGCCGGUACGGCUUCCUGAAGCACCUCCCCCUCUACUCGAGCGUGAAGCUGGUCGAGCUGGCCCUCCCCCCCGCCCUCCUCUCCCCGCCAACUUUGGAGCUUUUCAAGCCGGAGAUGAAAAAGCGGGCGCAGCGGAGGAAGCAGCGGGAGAGGGCGGAAGAGAGGGAGGCAGCACGGCGGGCGCGGGAGGUGGAGAGGGAGGCCGUGCGGGAGGCAGGGCGGAGGUCGAGCCUGACGGAGGAGGAAAUCCGACGAAUCCAGGCGCAGCGUGAGAAGGGGGUGGACUUGAAUGGGCCGCAGCCGUGGGAAGCGGCGAGGAUGGUGUCGGGCGGGGACAGGCGGGAGGAGGCAGGUGAGGGAGAGGACGGGGGAAAGGAAGGAGAGAAGGAGGGGGGCGUGCUGAGUGGGAGCCCGUCUGAGGAACGUCGCGCCCUGACGUCGUCAUUUGCCGAGGUGAUCCGGAAGAAAGGGGGGGCGGCGACGACGAUGCUCCGAGAGGAAAUGUUCCCGGCGUUGGGAGGCGGUGGAGGCGGUUCGCCCGCGCCCAUGUCCUCCUCUCCCCCAGGCCGCAAGUCCGAGCCCCCGCCCUUAUCCGGGGCUGUGCCAGCGAACGGAGGGACUGGCGGGGCGUCCGGGACUGGGGGCUCAGGAGGCAGGGACUGCUCCUCCCCUCCCUCCCUCCGUGCCUCCGCCCCGCCCUUGGGGCGCGUACCGGAGCCGGGGUCAGGCGGGGAGGGAGGGAGGGGGGUCUGGACGGGGCGGACUCCGUUCUCGGUUACCUCGGGUACGUCGUCUUCCCUCCCGGAGAGGAGCGAGGCCGGCGGCAUGUGGCAGGCUGGGCAGGCCAGCCCUGGGGCCUCCAUCCCUCCCACGGCGUCGGACGGGAAAGAGCCGCCGAGGCCUGGGAAGCAGCCACUGCAACCACACCAACAGCAGAAGAAGAAGGGAAAGGGAGGCGGUAAGGGUAUCCCUAUCUUCUCGACGGGCUCGCAGCGAAGCUAUGGAUGACACAAGAAGAAGAAGAGGCGGGGAAAGGGAAAGAAGAGCGGGGGGGCUUGCCCGCUGGGACGAGUCUAAACCGCCAGGUGGUCGAGGUUUGGGUAAAGUAAUGUGUGGCUGGGAUUGGAUGGUGCGAGCAACAUCAUUGACAGAGAGCGAGACGCCCGUGGACGGGAAGCCGUUGCGAUCGAUGCUGUCGCGUAGCCCCGUGUCGGGGCACAGCCUUAGAGUCUGUAAAAAAGGGAUGCUAGGGUAGUGCGUAGGGCCUCACAAACGAGAAGGGGGUUGUGACAUGUGGGCAGCUGCAGAGGCAGGAAUCAUGGCCGUUUAAUUGCACUGUUGCAGCAACGUCGGCGGGACUGGAAAGGAUAGCAGCCAGACUGCUCACAGGGUCAGGGUGGUAGGAUCAUUCUAUUGAGCCGGGGGGGGGAGGAGGCACCUGUACAUAUGUGCAUGCAUGUUGUCUGGUACGUGCUUGAAAUGAGGGAGAGGGAUGUCGACUGGACAUGACCAGGCAAGGGAAGAAAUUUGGCGCCGCAACUUCCGCGAGCACCGUGGGAAAUUAAGGAUAGAUGCGGAGGAGCCAUUGAGUAUCCAAUGGAGAAGAUUACGUUAACAUCAAAUAUUUUUUAGGGAAAAAGGGCGACAAGGCCCCGUCCCGAAGAUGAGUGCAAUAGCUCCAUGGCACUAAAACAAGGUGCGUUUGCCAAAAAGAAGAGAAAUACAGGUUUCCUG